GCCAGCUGCACCACGGCCGCGCCCUCCGGGGCUGGGGCCGCUGCGGCUCACGUGCGGGGGGGCCGCCGCCCAGACUGGCUCGGGCUCUUUGCAGUCAUUGGCGCUGGCUCCUGCGGGCGGCGGCUGGUCCCCGGGGCAGGGGGGAGAGGAGCCAGUAGCUGGAAGGCGGCGGUGGCGGCAGCAGCGCGGGCGGGAGCGAAGCAGCAGGACCUUCUUACAAUUUAGGCUAAUGAGGACUUAACAUUUGCAGAAUGAAAAGAUGGCACAGGCAAUGCUGGGACCACCAGGACCUGACAGCUUCUUCUACUUCACUAGAGAAUCUCUUGCAGCUAUUGAAAAACGUAUUGCUGAAGAAAAGGCUAAAGGAGACUCCAAAGAUGAAGGUGGUGAUGAAGGAAAUGGCUGCAAGCCCAAUAAGGACUUGGAGGCAGGAAAAACACUGCCAUUUAUUUAUGGUGACAUACCUCCAGGAAUGGUGUCUACACCACUGGAAGACAUUGACCCAUACUAUAUCAAUAAAAAAACUUUUAUAGUAUUGAAUAAAGGGAAGACAAUCUUCCGAUUUAGUGCCACACCUGCCUUGUACAUUUUAUCGCCUUUCAGUUCUCUUAGGAAACUAGCUAUAAAGAUUUUGGUUCAUUCAUUAUUCAGCAUUUUUAUUAUGUGUACUAUUUUAACCAACUGCGGAUUUAUGACAAUGAAUAAAACUCCAGAAUGGGCAAAGAAUGUAGAGUACACUUUCACUGGAAUUUAUACUUUUGAAUCUCUUGUAAAAAUUAUUGCAAGAGGCUUCUGUAUAGAUCAUUUUACUUUCCUUCGAGACCCCUGGAACUGGCUUGAUUUCACUGUUAUUACCUUUGCGUAUGUAACAGAAUUUGUAAACCUAGGCAAUGUUUCAGCUCUUCGAACUUUCAGAGUAUUGAGAGCUUUGAAAACUAUUUCUGUAAUCCCAGGCUUGAAGACUAUUGUGGGAGCUUUGAUUCAGUCUGUGAAGAAGCUCUCGGAUGUAAUGAUUCUGACUGUUUUUUGUCUGAGUGUAUUUGCACUAAUAGGGCUGCAGCUGUUCAUGGGCCACUUGAAGCAUAAAUGUUUGCUGUGGCCAAAGGAAAAUACUUCUGCUUUUGACAAAUAUGUUGCCCCAUACUUCAACGAUACAGUUUUUAUGUGGGAGGAGUACCUUGAGAAUGAAAGUCAUUUUUAUUAUUUAGAAGGACAAAAAGAUGCCCUACUUUGUGGUAAUGGCACAGAUGCAGGUCAAUGCCCAGAAGAUUAUAUUUGUGUGAAAGCUGGUAGAAACCCCAAUUAUGGCUACACAAGCUUUGAUACGUUCAGCUGGGCAUUCUUGUCACUGUUUCGCUUGAUGACUCAAGACUACUGGGAAAACCUUUAUCAGCUGACCCUACGAGCUGCUGGCAAAACAUACAUGAUAUUUUUUGUUCUGGUGAUUUUCCUGGGCUCUUUCUAUCUAAUUAACUUGAUCCUUGCUGUUGUUGCCAUGGCCUAUGAUGAACAGAAUCAAGCAACCCAAGAAGAAGCAGAACAGAAAGAGGCUGAAUUUCAGCAGAUGCUUGAACAGCUGAAAAAACAACAAGAAGAAGCUCAGGCAAUAGCAGCAGCUGCAUUUGAAAUAACAGAUUUCAGUGGUGAAGGUAGGAUUGGUAGACUUUCGGAGAGUUCUUCAGAAGCAUCAAAGUUGAGCUCAAAGAGUGCUAAAGAAAGGAGAAAUCGAAGGAAGAAAAGAAGACAGAGAGAGCUGUCUGCAGGAGAGGACCAAGUGAAGGAUGGAAAGCUUCCAAAGUCUGAAUCAGAUGGCAGUAUCAGAAGAAAAGGUUUCCAUUUCUCAUUAGAUGGGAACAAGCUCACGUAUGAAAAGCGUUUGACUUCACCCCAUCAGUCUUUGCUGAGCAUUCGUGGUUCCAUUUUUUCUCCAAGGCGCAACAGCAGAACAAGUCUGUUCAGUUUCAGAGGUCAGGGAAAGGAUAUAGGAUCAGAAAAUGACUUUGCUGAUGAUGAGCAUAGCACUUUUGAAGAUAAUGGAAGUAGAAGAGGUUCCCUCUUUGUGCCAUGCAGGCAUGGUGAACGGCGCAACAGUAACAUUAGUCAGGCCAGUAGAUCAUCAAGGAGGUUACCGAUGCUUUCAGUGAAUGGGAAGAUGCACUGCACUGUGGAUUGCAAUGGUGUGGUUUCCUUGGCUGAUCGACAACCUUCUCUUUUGUCACCUACUGGACAACUUCUGCCAGAGGUGAUAAUAGAUAAACCAACUACUGAUGACAAUAGCACUACUACAGAAAUAGAAAUAAGAAAGAGGCGGUCUAGUUCCUAUCAAGUAUCAAUGGAUUUGCUGGAAGACCCUACUAUAAGACAAAGAGCAAUGAGUAUAGCCAGCAUACUCACAAACACAAUGGAAGAACUUGAAGAAUCCAGGCAAAAAUGCCCACCCUGCUGGUAUAAAUUUGCCAACACUUUCUUGAUUUGGGACUGCUGGGAACCUUGGUUAAAUGUAAAGCGCAUUGUUAAUGUUAUUGUCAUGGAUCCAUUUGUUGAUCUUGCUAUUACCAUCUGCAUCAUUUUAAACACACUCUUUAUGGCCAUGGAACAUUAUCCAAUGACUGUACAAUUUCAUGAUGUGCUUGUCGUGGGAAACCUGGUUUUUACUGGAAUCUUCACAGCAGAAAUGGUUCUCAAGAUAAUUGCCAUGGAUCCCUAUUAUUAUUUCCAAGUAGGCUGGAAUAUUUUUGAUGGCAUUAUUGUUACUCUUAGUUUGGUGGAACUUUUUUUAUCAAACGUGGAUGGAUUAUCUGUUCUUCGAUCAUUCAGAUUGCUGCGAGUUUUCAAAUUGGCAAAAUCUUGGCCAACACUAAAUAUGCUAAUAAAGAUUAUUGGCAACUCAGUGGGGGCUCUUGGAAAUUUGACCUUGGUGCUGGCCAUCAUUGUCUUCAUUUUUGCUGUGGUUGGUAUGCAGCUGUUCGGUAAAAGCUACAUGGAAUGUGUCUGCAAGAUCUCUAAAGACUGUGUACUUCCACGCUGGCACAUGUAUGACUUCUACCAUUCUUUCUUGAUUGUAUUCCGAGUGCUGUGUGGAGAAUGGAUAGAAACCAUGUGGGACUGUAUGGAGGUUGCAGGCCAAGCUAUGUGCCUUAUUGUUUUCAUGAUGGUCAUGGUGAUUGGAAACCUAGUGGUACUCAACCUCUUUCUGGCCUUGCUGCUGAGCUCAUUUAGCUCAGACAACCUUGCUGCUCCAGAUGAUGAUAAUGAAAUGAACAACCUCCAGAUUGCCAUGACAAGGAUUCAGAAAGGAAUAGAUUAUGUGAAAAGAGAAGUGUAUGAAUGCAUCCAAAAAACUCUUUUCAGAAAACAGAAAGCUCCAGAUGAAGUAAGAUCCAUUGAUCAGCUAACAGAUAGGAAAGACGGUUGUAUUUCAAACCAUACUGUAGCUGAAAUAAAGAAAGACUUGCGAUAUCGCAAAAAUGAAAAUGGAACUACUAGUGUUGUGCUUGGCAGUGAUUAUGCAUCAUUCAUAAACAAUCCAAGCCUUACUGUUACAGUACCAAUUGCUGUUGGAGAAUCUGAUUUUGACCAGUUAAAUACAGAAGAAUUCAGCAGUGAGUCAGAGCUGGAGGAAGGCAAGGAGAAGUUAAACAUUUCAAGUUCCUCUGAAGGAAGUACAAUUGAUCUUGUUCCUGCUGGAGAAGAAAAAGCAGAGGCUGAACCAGAACAAACAUCAGAACCAAAAGCCUGUUUUACAGAAGGCUGUGUACGACGGUUCAAGUGCUGCCAAAUCAAUGUAGAAAGCGGGAAGACAAAAGUGUGGUGGAACUUUAGAAGAACCUGUUACAGGAUAGUAGAACACAGCUGGUUUGAAAGCUUUAUUGUUUUCAUGAUUCUUCUCAGCAGUGGUGCUCUGGCUUUUGAAGAUAUAUAUAUUGAACAGCGCAAGACUAUUAAGACUAUACUGGAAUAUGCUGACAAAGUCUUCACUUACAUCUUUAUUCUAGAAAUGGUCCUAAAAUGGGUGGCCUAUGGCUUUCAAGUGUAUUUCACUAAUGCCUGGUGCUGGCUGGACUUCCUGAUCGUUGAUGUUUCUUUGAUUAGUUUAACAGCUAAUGCGUUGGGCUACUCAGAACUUGGUCCAAUUAAAUCACUUAGAACACUAAGAGCCUUGAGACCUUUACGAGCUUUAUCACGAUUUGAAGGAAUGAGGGUGGUUGUGAAUGCCCUUGUAGGAGCAAUACCAUCUAUUAUGAACGUACUUCUGGUUUGUCUUAUAUUCUGGCUAAUCUUCAGUAUCAUGGGAGUUAAUUUGUUUGCUGGCAAGUUCUUCUCCUGUGUUAACCUCACAAAUGGGGAACGUUUUCUGGCAGAUAAAGUUAAAAAUAAGAAUGCUUGUGAAUAUCUUAUGGAAAACGAUGAUAAUGUUCGGUGGAAAAAUGUGAAAGUAAAUUUUGACAAUGUCGGAGCCGGCUAUCUUUCUCUGCUUCAAGUAGCGACAUUUAAAGGAUGGACGGAUAUCAUGUAUGCAGCUGUUGAUUCUGUAGAUAUAAAUAUGCAGCCCAGCUAUGAGAUUAGCUGGUUCAUGUAUAUCUAUUUUGUCAUCUUUAUCAUAUUUGGCUCAUUCUUCACUUUGAACCUUUUCAUUGGUGUCAUCAUCGACAACUUCAAUCAGCAAAAGAAGAAGCUUGGAGGUCAAGACAUCUUCAUGACAGAAGAACAGAAGAAAUAUUACAAUGCAAUGAAAAAACUGGGCUCCAAGAAACCACAAAAACCUAUACCUAGGCCAGCGAACAAGUUCCAAGGUCUGGUGUUUGAUCUUGUUACAAAGCAAGCAUUUGAUAUCACCAUCAUGAUUCUUAUCUGCCUUAACAUGGUCACAAUGAUGGUAGAAACAGAUGAACAAAGUAAACAAGUGACUGAUGUUUUAGACCAGAUUAAUGUGGUCUUUAUAGUCCUUUUCACUGGAGAAUGUGUCCUGAAACUGUUCUCACUCCGUUAUUACUACUUCAAAAUAGGCUGGAACAUUUUUGAUUUUGUAGUUGUCAUUCUCUCCAUAAUAGGUAUGUAUCUAACUGAUUUGAUUGAAGAAUAUUUCGUGUCCCCCACCUUGUUCAGAGUCAUCCGACUUGCCCGAAUUGGUCGAAUCCUGCGACUCAUUAAGGGAGCUAAAGGGAUUCGCACUCUGCUCUUUGCUUUGAUGAUGUCUCUUCCUGCUUUGUUUAACAUUGGCCUCCUGCUCUUUCUGGUCAUGUUUAUCUAUGCCAUAUUUGGAAUGUCCAACUUUGCCUAUGUUAAGAGGGAAGCUGGGAUUGAUGACAUGUUUAACUUUGAAACUUUUUGCAACAGCAUGAUCUGCCUAUUUCAAAUUACCACAUCUGCUGGUUGGGAUGGCUUGUUAGCACCAAUUCUUAACAGUGGGGAGCCAGACUGUGACCCAUAUAGAGUUCACCCUGGAAGCUCUGUUAAAGGAGACUGUGGUAACCCUUCAGUUGGGAUUUUCUUUUUUGUCAGUUACAUUAUCAUAUCAUUUCUAGUUGUAGUAAACAUGUAUAUUGCUGUGAUUUUGGAGAACUUCAGUGUUGCAACUGAAGAAAGUGCUGAGCCUUUGAGUGAGGAUGACUUUGAAAUGUUCUAUGAAGUUUGGGAAAAGUUUGAUCCAGAUGCAACACAGUUCAUAGAGUUUAGUAAACUGUCUGAUUUUGCAUCUUCACUGGAUCCUCCUCUCCAUUUACCAAAACCAAAUAUAAUUCAGCUUAUUGCAAUGGAUCUGCCCAUGGUAAGUGGUGACAGAAUUCACUGCCUGGACAUCUUGUUUGCUUUUACAACACGUGUUUUGGGUGAAAGUGAUGAAACAGAUGCACUUCGAAUAGAAAUGGAAGAACGUUUUAUGACUGCAAAUCCUUCCAAAGUCUCCUAUGAACCAAUUACAACCACAUUAAAAAGAAAGCAAGAGGAAGUAUCUGCUACUGUUAUUCAGCGUGCUUAUAGACUAUACCUUUUAAAGAAAUCAGUGAAAAAAAUUUCAUUUAUGUAUAGCAAAGAUAAAGUUGAUCUGCCUAUGAAAGAAGAUAUGCUUAUCGAUAAGCUGAGUGAAAAUUCAGGUCCCGAAAAAACAGAUGUGACCUCAUCCACAACCUCUCCACCAUCCUAUGAUAGUGUAACAAAGCCAGACAAAGAAAAAUAUGAAAAAGACAAAUCAGAAAAAGAAGACAGAGAUAAAGAUAUCAGGGAAAGUAAAAAGUGAAAGAAGAUAAAGACAAAUUGUUCAUGACAAAUUGUUUUCAGCCUGAGAUGGUGAUAUUUUUGUCAAUAGGACUCUUUUGGGAGCUCUAUGCCAAACUGACAUAUUUUUACAAAUAUACCCACAUACUUAAGGUCAGUGCCUAUAUAAAGACAAUGGCCCCUCAUUAUCCAACUGUGACUCUGUAACGGGGGCAACAACCUUGCCAGGAAAUUAGUUUUCAUGACCAGUUGGCCCUAAUGAAGAGACAACACAAAAUGGCUACUCAGACUGUAGGGACCAUUGUAAGGGGUGCAAAAUUAUAAUUAUGUGUAUGUUAACAAAAAUACGUUAGUGGAGCAGUUGUAUCCACUGUGUGCAUUUCAACUGCCACAUUUGUCCUAGUGUUGUAAAAAGUUUUGUUGGUACAAACAUUUGUUUUAAUUCAGAUUGUUCUAUCUGGUUUUUUAUGUAGAGAAGAGAUCAUUACUCUUUCACAAAUAUACCCAUGUCAGCUAUUUAUUUUAAUGGAAUAAUGAGGUGUUUAUGAUUCUCUUCAAGAUUAUUAAAACACACACCCCAUCCCCCUAUACCACUGUGUCUGAGGCCUUGUACAAACUGUUAGUUUCUCCUGGGAGAGUUGCUGCACUCCCAGUAGAAACCACAAGAGUACAGAAGUUCAGGCUUUUUCUCCCAGAGUGAAAAUGGCUGCUCCAGGAAAAAAUAACAUGGGAACAACCAGGGUUAAACCAGUUCCACAAGAGUUUAUCCUGGGAGUGCAAAUGUCUGUGCAUACUGAUGAUACAAGCUGAUCCUGGGCAGUAGGGGUAGCCAAUCAAGGCUACCCUAUGUACUGCUACUAUGUGUUAACAGGCAGAUUAAGGGAGCCUGCAGAACAUACUGAGAUGUGUACAUAGUACACAUUGGGUGUGUGUGUGUGUGUCUGUCCCCGCAGCUGCACAGUGUUAGCACUGCAAGCUCUCCACUCUUCAGGGUCUUAACAUUCAAAUGUCUGUACAUGUGGCUCUGGGUAUGUUUUUUUUUUGUUUUGUUUUGUUUUGUUUUGUUUUGUUUUUUACCAUAAGAACAAACCUGAGAGAAUUCUCCCAGAUUAUAUGAAUGUGUGUACACAGACUAAAACAGAGCAGCAAUCACAAAAAGAUGACAGAAGACCAUAAUAUCAGUAAAUGCAAGUUAUCAGUAAAUAAAAGCAGAGGUGUCAAUUCUUGGAAGAAGGUUAGAUGUUGGUACAGAAUGAGUUUAUUAGUUUCCAUUUUUUCUUAUUAGUUUAGAUUCCUUUGAAGUAUGUAAUUGGUUAGUUGUUAUAGUCUGAUUUUCUGUCAUGUUCAGGUAGACAUGAUUUACAUGAAGGCAUGCUACUUUAUAGCUCAUGCAUGGAAAAGUAUGAAGUCAGAGAACAGCAGAGUUAUUGCUACUUCCAGGUUUCAAAGUGGCUCUUAUUCUGAUAUAUUUUAAAAAUAUUUGUAUUGUAGAGUAGCCAUAAAGAUCACAGAGUUGCACAAUGGAUUUGAAAAUAUAGAAUGGUGAUUUUUUUUUAAAACAUAGACCUUUUAAUGUCAUGCAGUCCAUACUUCAUCCAGGGUCUGGAUCUACAACCUAUGAUGAUUAUUUUCAAUGGGAAUAGACCAUUUAAGAUGAAAAAUGGAGUUGCAAGUUUAAAUCAGUAGGAAAGAAUAGUACCCUUUGGACAAGUAUUGCCUUGAUUUAUACCUCAGGCUAACAAUACCUGUUGCAGUUGUACAUGGGAGAGAUGUGAGAAAAGAUGUAAGUCAAGGAAUUUAGUUCUUAUUUUUUUUCUUUUUUUUUACUAUAUGAACUUAAUCUUCCCUAAAAUACCAAAAUGACCAAAAGGAUAUAGUUAUUCUGCUUUAUUCUGCAAUGUUGUUUUAGAUGUCUUCUGUUCCCAGAAAGACUAACAUUGUACUCAAUAACUAAGUGCCCCCUGUUAUUUAAAUAGCUCACAGUGGUGCAUGUUUGAGCAAGGAAAUAAUGACCUGAGCACAGUAUUUAUUGCAUCAAAUAUGUACCUUAAUAAGUGUAGUUUAUAAAUUUUCUAUAGAUACAAUCCAAUAUUCUCUACUAGUAUAAACAUAUGGAGGUAUCUGCACUCACUGAUGCAUGCUUACCUUGCCCUUGCUGCUGUAUCUUACACCUUCCAAAGCUUAGAAGGCUAAUAGGGGAAGCCUUGUGUCAGUGGUAAAGUGAAACAGUUGUUCACCAAGAGUUCAUUCAUCUCGGUAAGCAAUAGUUUGCUACUAGAUUUUCUUUUGUGAUUUUUUAAUUAAUCAUAUAGUAUGUAACCAGAUUAUACAAAACAAGUAAACUGCUUAACUUGAUGAAAAUAUGGGCUUAGAAAAGAGUUUUAUAAUAAAAUAUAAAUAUUAUUUUAAAAAUCACUUUAUUUUUAGCAUUUUGUACUUAUAAUGAGGAAUUACACUUAUAUUCAAGUUGUUAUCACAGUCAUUUUUAUUCCUUCUAUCCAAGACACAUCAUUGAAAAGCUUCAGAUACAAAGAAGUGAAUGGAUAGUUGUAAGUUUCUGGUUAUUAUACUGGAACUUUAUUUUAAUAUUGAAGUAAUUUUAAAUAAAAUGGGAACCAUAGUUCAUUUACCCCUGAGUAGGUUGUUCUUUAUAUGUAGAAGUUGAAAGGGAAUUUAAAAAUGUUGAAUUCAUAGCACUGUCUGCAUCAAGUUUCAAGGUAGUCUUAAUCAUGGAACUCUUGCUCUUUCCCAGCAUUUCUUUACAUAGACAAUUAUUCUUGUUGAUUCACCUUUUACUUGAACUGUUCUAAAUAUAAUUGGGAAUCCACAGCUUUUUCCACAUGAGCGAAGUUGUGAACAUGUAUAACCAAUCAGAGCAGGAUAUCUUGUGAUUCUUGCAUAAGGAGAAAUUAAAGAUAGGUACAUUCUUUUUCUAAAACUAUUGGCUUGUAGUGUAUUGGUGAACUGCAUGCAGGAAAAUGUUUUACCAUAAAUAACAGUAAUCUACAUUGCUCAUAAGCCAAAAGAAUAAAGACUAAAUUUUUAUCCUCUA